AUGGAUAAUGCUCUGAAAGAAGCCGUCGACGAACACUUUUGUGGAAUCACAGCUGUUUUUGAGGAGAACAGGAGUAUACUUUCAAUCCUUCAUCAAGCAGUCAUGGAAGGUUCCGGCUUGAUGCUUCCGGUAUGUACUUCUUGAAUUGUUUAUCUAAUUUUUAUCUAAUUAUUACACUUUACAGUCAAUCUAUGACUAUCAGGAUGACGAUGAGAAUGACAGUAGUGGUGAGGAAGCGAAGCAUAACACGGAAAUCCAGAGACAGAAAAAAGAGAAGGAAAUUGAGAUUGUUGAUGAAAUAGGUAAAAUUUUUUAACUCAGUCCGUUACGCGGCAGAGAUUUAUUAUAAAGCAAAAAAUAUUGAACAAAGUGAAAAAUGAGCGUUUUUGCAGUGGAAAAGGCAACAGUCAAAUCAAUUGUCCUUUUGAUGCAUUCGGAUGGAUGGUUUGAAGAAGAAGAAGACGAAGACGAAAACGGAGACGAUUAG